AUGGAGCUACGGUGGGGGCGCGCCGCCUGCUCGGCCCUCGGCCUGGCACUGCUCUGCUCCACGCUAGCGGCGGCGCCGACCGGACCGCAGCCCCGCUCUGCUAUGGGGCAGUUCUGGCAUGUAUCUGACCUACAUUUAGAUCCGACUUACCACAUUACCCCUGAUCGCACCAAAGUUUGUUCCUCUUCCAAAGGAGCCAAUGCCUCCAACCCAGGCCCUUUUGGAGACUUUUUGUGUGAUUCUCCGUAUCAACUUAUUUUGUCAGCAUUUGCAUUCAUGAAGGAUUCAAAACAGCAGGCUUCAUUCAUAAUUUGGACAGGAGAUAGCCCUCCUCAUGUUCCAGUACAAGAACUCUCCACAAAGUUGGUCAUUAGCAUAAUUGGCAAUAUGAGUGCUACAAUUCGUCAUUUCUUUCCAGAUCUUCAGGUUUUCCCAGCUUUGGGCAAUCAUGACUACUGGCCACAGGAUCAGCUUCCUGUAACUACCAGUGAAGUUUACAAUGCUGUAGCAGAUUUCUGGAAACCUUGGCUGACUGAUGAAGCAAUCAAUACCUUCAGAAAAGGUGGCUUCUACACUCAGCUGUUUCAAUCCAGUGGAAGCUCUCAACCACUCAGGAUAAUCAGUCUGAACACAAAUUUAUAUUACAGCCCCAACAGUGUGACUGUUAAUAUCACUGACCCAGCCAACCAGUUUGCCUGGCUGGAGGGAAUACUAGAAGCCUCUUCACAAAAGAAGGAAAAGGUGUAUGUAAUAGGCCAUGUGCCAGUGGGAUACCUGCCCUUUGCCAGGAACACCACAGCUAUCAGGGAGCACUACAACGAGAGACUGGUAAAGAUCUUCCGCAAGUACAGCGCUGUCAUCGCGGGGCAGUUUUUUGGCCACACACACAGAGAUAGUGUCAUGGUCCUCCUGGAUGAGGAAGGAAAGCCAGUAAAUUCCCUGUUUGUGGCACCUGCUGUAACCCCAGUGAAGAAUGUAUGGCAAAUGGAGUCCAAUAACCCUGGUGUCAGAUUGUAUCAAUAUGAUCUUCUUGAUUAUAGCUUGCUGGAUCUUUGGCAGUUUUACUUGGACCUCAGAGAUGCAAACAAGAGAAAUGAAUCAGAGUGGAAAUUAGAAUACAUCCUGACUAAAGCUUAUGGCAUCGAAGACUUGAAGCCAGAAAGCCUGUAUGAAAUGGCCAAGAAGUUGUCUCUGCCACACAGCAUACUGUUUGAGCAGUAUUACAGUAACUUCAUUGUAAGUUAUGACAAAACCAUGGUCUGUGAAGAGGGGUGCAAGACUUGCCAAAUCUGUGCAAUCCAAUAUUUGGAUUACUCCUCGUACACAGAUUGUAUCAACCAGAAGGAAGUGUGGAGAUGAAGUCCCCAGACAGUUUGUGCUGAUACUGACUUUGGCCUGUGAUUUACAGAACCUCAUCCUUUUACUCAAGCAGUGGCAUGCUGUGAGACUUCUGUGAAUUUCA